AUGGCACAUGGCGCAAGCAGAUAUAAGAAAUCUAGGGCUAAAAUGCGAUGGAAGUGGAAAAAAAAGAGAACUCGACGUUUGCAAAAAAAGAGAAGAAAAAUGAGACAAAGAUCAAGAUAA